CUGCGUUUGUCCGCGUUCACAAGACCAUAGCCGUCUCAGAAUUCCGGAUGAAGGAGACGGAUCUUCACGCCUCGGAUACCUUCCUGGAAGCUGUGAGCAAUCUGCCACUGGACUAUAACUACCCCCUGUACAGCCACAUCUUCCAGGAUUUCGGAACUCACUACUUCGGCUCGGGGAAGACGGGUGGAGUUUACGACGUCAUGUACCAAUACGACCGGACAAACCUGCAGAGCUCAGGUCUAACACAAGCCGAGAUGUGUGAGUGCGUUACAACGGAGACAAAAGUACGGGUGUUAUUUAUCAAAGUCACAAAAACCAGGAGACGGUGCACACACAACAGUAUGACCCUGAAGACCAAAGGUUCGAUUCUGGAAGCUGCAGAGAAGUCGGUUUCCAUGGUGAGGGGAGGCCGCUCUGAGUUUGCUGCAGCCUUGGCCUGGCAGCAAGGACGGGCCUUCCCCACACAGCAGUACACCGAAUGGAAGGAGUCCGUCCAUGAUAAUCCCACUGUGGUGGACUUCACG